UGUUCUCUGCCUUUACUUCUUUUGCCGGAGUUCGUGAACCACGUUGUUCUCGUUUUGAUAAAGACUCCUAUUUUAUUUUUCAAAAAUGGAUAAACCUGUCGUUUUGGCUCGUGUAAUCAAAGUUUUGGGACGUACUGGAUCCCAGGGGCAAUGUACCCAGGUAAAAGUCGAGUUUAUUGCUGAACAUAACCGCCAAAUUAUCAGAAACGUAAAGGGGCCAGUUAGGGAGGGUGACAUCCUUACGCUUCUGGAAUCUGAAAGAGAAGCCCGAAGGUUGCGAUAGUCGAUAAGGUGUACUUUUAAAGCAACCAAAUAUACAGAACGAACAUCUAUUCCAUGUAUUUGACUAAAUGGUUGUUACUUCUAAUUUAAUAUAAGACAUGAUUUGAAA